AUUGAACCCAAACACAAAACCCCGGCAACUCAGCGAAAAACCCACUUUCCCAUUUAACCCAAGUCAAUAUAUCCACGAUCCAACUCUGACCCAAGUUUCUAACAGAUUUCCUUUUGAGUUUUAAGUUGAUACUUGCUCUGGUCUUUUAGCACAGAGGGGAAAUUUUAUUGGUGCUUUAAUAUGAUGGAUUUGUCAUGGUUGAGUGCCAUCCUAGUUGGGGCAGGCUGCCUUGCCUUGGGGUACUGCAUUGGUAGGCACUAUCCUGCUUGUUUAUUUCUCUCAUCAAGAGGAGCUAAAGAUACUACAAUCUCUAAAGCAAAUAAGAAGAAAACCAAAGAACCCUUUGAAAUUGAAAAGUUGGCUGACAUUCUAGAGGAUUUUAAAAUGGUAUUGGUUGUAAGAAAUGAUCUUAAGAUGGGUAAAGGAAAAAUUGCUGCCCAGUGCAGUCAUGCGACUUUGGGUCUCUACAAAAAACUCCUUCAUCGAGCACCAAAAGCUUUGGACAGGUGGGAGAUGUGUGCUCAGCCAAAGGUGGUUGUGAAAAUUGAUAGUGAGGAAGAUAUGCUAGUGUUGCAAGAGAGGGCAAAAUCUCUAAACUUACCAACCCAUAUCACCAUCGAUGCAGGGAGAACUCAGAUUGCACCAAAUUCGAGGACAGUGAUGGCGAUUCUUGGACCUAUUGAAAUGGUUGAUGAUGUAACUGGUGGACUGAAGCUAUUGUAACGGUUUCUCAAUCCCAUCGAAUCUUUACCUGAUAAACUCCGAUCGUAGAACUUUGAGGAGCAUCUCCUUUACAAGACUUGGGGGUAUUUUCAACAACCUUCUUGAAGAUAAUUUGUCCAUUAACUUGCGAGAAAUAUCCACUGUAUGCUUGGCCUGAACCAGAAACUCCUUUUAGAUUCGUAAGACUUAUGUUACAGUUUUGUGAUGAUGGCGAAAAGUUCGAGCCAUAGGCCUGCUCACAGUGAGCUUAAAGGCAAUUAGGGAAUUGUUUUCAUGAAUAUUCAAUUAUGUUUCAGAUAUUUGGUUUAUUAAUUUGCCAGCUAUAAUGCUUCUAAUUUAUUCCCUUUGAAGGGUUUUGAACAUUCCAACUCAUUCCCUAUUUUCACAUUUGCAUUCAUUAUUAAUUGGUAAAGCUGGUAUGUGAUUUUGUGGAGACUGAAUAAAGAAAGAAGCCUAGGCAAUUGGAUUGCUUGAUGAUCAAAACAAGUUUGUUGCUGGAUUUGCCCCGUUUGAUCAAGCUCCUCUGGCAAAGGCAACUGAUCAAGCCAAUAUGACUCUUUCUCAAUAUUUGAAAUCAACUGCAACUAGAAUUCAUACUGAGC